CGCGCCCCGCCUUGGCGAAGGGGCUUGUGGGAAUUGUAGUCCCAGGCCGAGCAAGGGGAAGAUGGCGGUGCCCAAGGCCGCGGUGGCGCUGCGGCACGUGAAGAGCGUCGUGGUCCGGUUCUGCCCUUUCCAGACCAACGUGGAAACCACACGAAUAUUUCUUGAACGUGUAAACAGUAAAAAAGCUCGUGCCUCCAAUAUCAACUGUGUAGUGACAACAGAUGUAAGGCACGAUGGAUCUGAACCAGUUGUAGACAUCAUGUUUGCUGAUGGAGACAGAUUGAUAAUGAAAGGAGCCAACUUGACAGCAGCAGAAAUGUUAUCAGCUUUCAACUCCAGAUGCAUAGCAAAAGACCUUAAGGCAGAAGAGAAAACUAAGAAAAAGAGUGCUUGAAGAUCAAAGAAACAAUUAUGUUUAAAAUUGUUUAGGCAUUUGAAAAGCAGUGAGCAGCUUUUGUCAUCAGAACUACAUAGGAAACUUCACUGAUAACUGACAUGAAAUCUUAAAAAGAGAUAUGGACAAAAUGCUCGCCAGUUCAACAUACAGCUGAAUGAUUCGUAUAAAUAUAUAUUUUUCCUGAGGAAAAUAUAAUGGAGAAGCUAAAAUCAUUAACUCUGGCAGGGUUGGCAAGUCUUGGAUGCACAAAUAAAUUCCUCUAGCCAUAUACACAAACCAUCAAUCUCUUGACCAUGCACACACUGGAUCAAUGCCAUGCCUAUUUGUAUAUUAAUACGAAUAAUGAAGAUGAGCCUAAUAAAUUUGUUACAAGUGGAAAAAUUAA